AUGAAAACAUCACAAAAUGAGGUAAAAUGUAAGAACUAUAGCGAAGACUCGGCUCCCGAACAGAAGCCAUCACUGCUAUCACCGCCGCGACCGGAAACGGCUGCAAACUAUAGCGAAGACUCGGCUCCCGAACAGAAGCCAUCACUGCUAUCACCGCCGCGACCGGAAACGGCUGCAGUAAUGGUGUCCCUCACGAGUGACGACAAGAUAUCUAUGGACGCGUCCAAACUCAAGAGUACGACCACCGAUGACACGUCACUGGUUGUCCAUUUGGACGACACUCACAGUGAUAUGGAUGGCGAUCCCGAGGGCGCCAACAGUUCCGAUAUUAAUGACAGCAGAGAUACCAAUGAAAAGAAAUCAAUCCGUAAAUCGAUUAACGAAUCUAAUUCUGAUUCUAAGAGUGAGUCCAAUGAGAACAAGAACUCCACUGAAGAGUUGAAUAACUCAUCCAAAGAUUCAAACAAAUUAUCGGAAAAGGAUUCGUCAAAAUCCAAGAGUUUACGUUACGUUAUGAUCUGCGGUCGCGAAGGGUUUUCCGUGUCUGUCGAUUGCCAGCGUUAUAUACCCAAUCACCAGACGGAGUCCUGUGAUUUCGGAGACUUAACGUUUUGGUAUUCUCAAAACACGGCAAAGUAG